CAGGCACAGCCCAAGGGACAGUGGCUAACCAAGGAGGCCUGUGGCAGGUUUAGCCUGGCUCAGGGUGGGCAGCAAGUGGAGGGCUGGCCCCGGGCCACCUCCUAGGCUCCAGGGCUCUGAUGAAAACACCAGGAUUGAUUUCUGAGUGGGACCCUGAGAAGUGGGAGGCCUGGGGACUUGCUGAGUUCAAGCAUUUGCCUGGGACAGGGAAGGCCCGGGAAGCAGUCUUGCCCAUCUGCUGCCUCGGCGGUGGCCCUCAUGGCCGAAGCCCCAUGCUUGCCAGGCCAGGAGGGCACACCGGGCCACAUCAUGAAGAUGAACAGGCAGCCCCGUCCAGCAUGGCCAAGCGCCCGCUGCUGCUCCUGCUGGCUGUGUGGGUGCUGGCUGGGGAGCUGUGGCUGAGGACCGAGGCCCGAACAGCACCCUAUGGAGUGAAGCUUUGCGGCCGUGAAUUCAUCCGAGCAGUCAUCUUUACCUGCGGGGGCUCCCGGUGGAGACGGUCGGACAUCAUGGCCCAUGAAGCUCUGGGGGAUGCCUUCCCAGAUGCAGACUCCGAAGCAAACAGCGAGCUGGAUGAGGCAGUGGCUUCCAGCGAGUGGCUGGCUCUGACCAAGUCCCCCCAGGCCUUCUACGGGGGCCGACCGGGCUGGCAGGGAAUCCCCGGGGCUCUGCGGGGCAGCCGCGAUGUCCUGGCUGGCCUCUCCAGCAACUGCUGCAAGUCGGGGUGCAGCAAGAGUGAAAUCAGCAGCCUCUGCUAGAACGGAGACAGGGGAGGGGCACUGGGGUGAACGCCCCAGCCCUGCCAUCCACCUAACUGGUGUCCAGCUG